GAAGUUUAUUCACCCCGCGCCGCUCGGAGACGAAUCGACUCAAUAUUGCGCUGCAGCUGACUUUUUAUUUUAUUCGAUCGUUUUUUUAUACUCGGACCGAUGAAAGGUUUACCUCUAGGAUGGAGUUACAAUAAUUACAAUAGAAUGCGAGUGUGACUCAAUGUUGAUAGUAACAGUGGACGCGAAGUGAACGAUCGUGUUACUGCCCUGCGACAAAAACCAUUGACAAUAAAAUGCCUUUUGUGAACAUAAAAAAGCAAUAUUUAGCACUCGGGAUGUUGAUUUUCAUCGUAUUAUUUUUCUUCAAUAGCCGUCCAGCUUUCCAAUGCCAGUUCACGCCAGAGGUGACCCCAUAUUUGCCCACAAUCUAUGGUAUAACUCCGACGUACGCAAGACUAACCCAAAAGGCCGAUCUAACAAGGUUGUCACAAACUUUGAUGCUUGUAAAGAAUUUCCAUUGGAUUGUCAUUGAAGAUUCUGACACAAAGACAAAAUUGGUUGAAAACUUGCUCAAAGAAACACCACUCAAAUAUACUCAUCUCAAUAUGAAGACACAAAAGUCAAAACAUUCAUCGGCCAGCGGAGUAGAACAGAGGAACAUAGCUCUAAAUUGGCUGAGAGGGCAUCUAGACAGCAUUCCAGACAAAAGAGGUGUCGUCUAUUUCAUGGAUGACGACAAUACAUAUUCACUUAAAGUAUUCGAGGAGAUGCGAAAAAUAAACAAAGUAGGAGUUUGGCCGGUCGGCAUAGUGGGGGGAAUGCGGAUAGAGAUGCCGAUAGUGACUGAUGGGAAGAUCACCGGCUUCAAUGCAGUGUGGAAGCCAUUCAGACCUUUCCCCAUAGACAUGGCUGGAUUCGCCAUCAACGCCACACUUUUCCUGAUACACCCGGAGGCGAAAUUUUCUAGAAAAGUCCAAUCAGGAUUUCAGGAAAGUGAAAUAUUAAAAUACUUCACGACAAAGAACGAGAUGGAGCCACUAGCGGACAACUGUACAAAGGUGUACGUAUGGCACACACGCACGCAAAAACCUUCCAUACUCAACCCCAAGAAACUAAAGCACCCGCCUAUACCCGACGACCAUAUUGAAGUCUGAUUUGACAAUAAAAAAAAAAUUUGAAAUUCUAUAUAUCAAGCGUUGAACGUUAGUCGCGCAUUUCAACACAAGUGAGCAAAACAGAACGAACAGAAAUACUACUGUCUCAUAAAAAACAAUAGGCGGUAUGAUCUUCGAUCUUUGUCUAUUACCAAAGAGAUUUGAAAAAAAAAAGGUUUUUCGGUCUUCGAUCUUUGUCUAUUGCAAAAGAGAUUAAAAAAGGUUUAUCUAUCUCCAAUCUUUGUUUAAUUCAAAAGAGAUUAAAAAAUUCGGCUCUAUCGUCAUCAAUCUUUGUCUAUUGCAAAGAGAUUUUUAAAAAAUUACAAUUCACUUGUGACCAAGUAUUAAUUACUUGUUCUUUCUUCUAACAAACAAAUGUAAACUAAGACAAUGUUUACUCACUAACACUUCACUAUUUGCAUAGUUUUGUCUUACUCUUGUAAAUUUGUAUACAUUUAAGUAUACAAUUAAUUAAAUUGUAAACACAACACGAUCACUUCCUGUACUAGGAUACUCUAAUCUUGAUACUUGACAAAUGAAGCUUAAUUAUAAUUAUAUAUUCGUAGGUACCAUUAUGAUUUUAGGUGUUCUAACUUAGGUAAAUAUAUUUUGGAAUAUAGCAACUUAAAAUAAUCCCUUUUUGUGUUGUCUCGUAUGAAAAAAUAAUCUCAUAAGUAUAUAUAACUGUGAGUUUAUUAUGUAAAAUAAGAUAGUACUCGAAUUUUUAUUGACAUACAAAUGUAUGAAUUUUACAUAAAUAAUAAUAUGCGACUUAAGCUAAGUUUAGGAGCAAGUAGCAAAUAUUAAAAAAAAAUACCUUUCAAAGCAAUUAGGUUAGUACUCUCUAUAAAGCAUUAAAUAAAUACAUAAUAAUAUGUAAAGAGAUUAGUAUUUAAAUAUGUAAAGAACUUUCAAAAUAUAGUAUUAUGGUAAUAGUAGGGGAGCCCGGGAUGCUAAAUUUGCAGUUACUAAAACGUCAUGAGAAUCAAUUAGAUUUGAUAGAUUAAAUGAUAGAAAGAAUAAAUGGUUAUACUUCUUUCGCUUUCAGCGGUGGUGGAAAAAACUACAGACUUUAUAGACAUUUUUUACUUUGGUUUACUGAAAUCAUCAGAAAACAUGAGUGAUUAUUCAGGAGAUUAUUUCAUUAAAAAUAGGUAAACACUUAACCGCGCUAGUGGCUCGAUAUCAGAAAUAUAAGAGUUUUAUUUUGUAACUUUGGUACCCUACUGCUCUAUUAUGUUACGCUCAAACCGUCAGAUUAUCGAAAUGCACACCUUUUAGCUAUCAACUCACCUAUCUUAUAUUAAUCUGACGUACUGGUUCAGUAUUUCUGAAAUUAGUUUCUUUUUGUUGCCCUAAACGUACCCAGCAAUAUUAAGGGCUUAUACUUGAUGGAGGUAGGUACUGAACAACGUGCAAUGUAUACUCCCUUAUGUUGUAUCUGCCGCGCUCGAGUAACUACAAAAAUCCCCUCUAGGGCUCCUCUACUAUAAUAUCAAAUAAAAUCUAGGGUUGCCACUUCUGCAAUAAUCCGAAGAAUCUAGUUCUAAUAUGUUGUUUGUAAUAGUGUCACAAGGGUUACAAAGGGUCAACAAAGUAAGGAUUAAUUUAUAGUUAUACUUUCGAAAGUGCAUGGCAACUCUUACUAGAUAAUAAAGGUUUAAAUGAAGGUAUCACAUGUAACUUAUAAGGCAACUUCAAUGUGACUAAAAUUAUAGCAAUAAAUAUUAGGGUAUAUCAAAAAUAGUAUUAUUUUCAGACAAGAAAAUUAUCGAGGCUAAAUAAAAAAGACAUGCCUAAAACUAUAUGUAACUGUUACUCACAAACACGCAUAAUAUUAUUUCUAUAGAUUUUAUUGUUCCAAUUGAGUAUUACUUUUUUUUUAAUAUUAACAUUUUUUUACAAACACAUUGACAAUUUUUUUUUGUAAAUAUUUGUAACAUUGUUAGUAAAGCUAGUUUUUUAUUUCUUUUUUCUUCUUAUUAUAGUGCAAUGUGUAUCGCUGUAUUUCGUUCCUUUUUUAAAGAUGGAAAUGAAAAUACUUAUUUAAGUAUAUAAUGUAAACUUCGUAUAAAAUGAGAAUACCGGAUGUCCCAUAAUUAUACUAAACAUUUUAAUUACAGCUGCUAUCAUCGAAAAAACUGAUUCGAAAUAGAAAAAAUAUAACAUGAUCACCAUACGGAUUUUUCCAAAACUAGAUUAUUUGAUGAAAUAUAUUCCGUUUGAUCCAUUAAUUAUGGGAUACCCUGUAUAAUUAUUAAAAGUAGGACACAUGGUACAUUAGACAAGGAGAUUUACUCUAAAUAAAAUAAUUAACCAAAAAAAAUAAAAUAGAAAGCUGUCGGUCGGGCUUUAUUAUUUUUAUUUUUUCUUAUUUAAGAAAUAGAUAAUAACUCUACUAUAAACAGCGCCGGCAUGUCUUAAUCUUACCGGCCUAUACAAGUUCGGUCACGGGAACUUAGGUAUACCCCCUUAAAAAAGUAGAUGGAGAUGAUAAUAUAAUAAUAAAGAUCUGGUUAAAUAAUUGGCUUAGUUGAAAAAUGUUUUUUGAAGAAGAUACAUUGUGACAUUGUGACAUUCUUCUUAUUAAAAAAGUUCACCGGUGUACCAAAGCUUCUUAUUAAUUUUUGAUAAUAUUUUUUGUAUUAUUUUUAUCUGUUUACAACAACAAGAAAAAGAACUAACAAACCGUAAAAAAUAUUCAAAAAAUGGUGUUAAACUCAGGCUGUAUGGAUAACGAUCAUUGCUUGUCUCCAUUGGAGACAAAUUAAUAACUAAAAAUAUAAAUCAAUAUGAAUUUGAUAAUCUAAUGAUAUCAAUAUUUUUUUUUUGGAUAUAAGUCAAUUGCCUUUUCUUGCAGUCUAGCUUUUGAAAAUCUCCUUGUUUAACUUACCCUUAGAGUUAUAGUUUAAGUGUACUUCCGAUACUCGUAGCGCGAGUAUUCAUUUGUAUGUUUUGACACGUUUCUGCUUAAAACAAACAAAUGACAACAGGGGAUUCAAAUCUUACAACAGAACUUCAAAUAUUGGAAGAUCUUGUAACAUUCCUUGUACUCGUUUUAAUUGUAUAGAACCAGUUUUUUGUGUAUCUUUGAUUGAUUGUUUUUCGCUUUCUAUAAUCUAUGUAUCUAUACGAGAUCUAGCAUACGAAAUAUACAACCUCAUCUGCUAUUUAAUUGGGAUAAGAAACAAAUGGUAGAAAAUAUUCACAUUGCACAUCGAUUGCCUAGUUAAAUUGCGGCCGGAUAGUAUUAAAGGAUUUAUUUAUUUUUUAACUUAUUUAAUCUUCCAUCAUUGUUUAAUUUAAAAAAUCGUACACUUAAUAGAAUAUACCCAAAAGAAUUGAAAAAGUUGCCUGCUUUCACACUGCAUUGUGUGGUUGCUAGAAGUAAACAGUUAAGUAAUAAUAUUUAUAUACCCUCAUCAGUUAUUUAGUUUCCUAAUAUGUCUAAUGAUAGCUUAUUUUUUGCUUAAUGUAACUGCAUAGGUUGCCUUUGAUCUAGUUGAUGGUUUCCUAGAUUUUGUAUCAAAAAUGUGUUUGAGCUCAAUUUAAACAGACACCUAUUUGCAAUGUGUCACUGUGAACAUUAUCUAUCAUUUAUUUCUUAUUACUAAUGAAUAACAGAUGAGGGUCGAGGGUAUAUAUUUCUAAUGCCAGAUCUUAGACCAUAAAUUGUGCUUUGGUAAUAUUGUCUAUCGGCAAACCGCAAGACUGUCUUCGUCUACAGAGGCGCAGGGUAUGACGUCAGAGGGAUUCGAGAGAGACAGGCGGCUAUUCGUUAUUCAUGUUUAGACAGAACUUAUUUAGAAACUCGCCGAUAGCUUUCUCGCGAUUGGUUGGAUGCGUAACUGUCAAAGCGAAGCUUGACUGGUUCCGCUAGUGUAGAAAAGUUACAGCUUAUUGUAACGAUAUUGAUAAUCAACUUAUUUGCAGAUGAUAAUUUUAAAAUGUAGUUGAAUAGUGUAAUUUUGAAAUUAUAUGAAAUUAUAAUUUUUUUAAAUUAUGUAUUUUUUUAUAAAAAUAUAAAAAUAAAGAUUUGUCACAAACCGUGCGUCGAUCUACAAUUUUAUUACUUACGCUAUUUUCUGCUAAACUUGACAAAUCUAGCAAAGGCGACACAAUACUCUUCUAUCUAUCGUUUUAAUUGCAAAGUCACUUUGCGGAACCUAGAAAAUAUUUUUUUCAUAUGCAUAUAUUUUUCAGUUUUUUUAUUAACUUACAAAAAUAACUAUUAGCCGAGUCAUGAUAGAAAUUGAAUAUUUUUAUACAAUCUGUUUGUUUUGUAAACCGAUUUCUAAAAAGAAAGAGGUUGUCAAUUCGUCGAAUUUUUUUUAUUAAAUUUUUUUAUUUUUGUUUUUGUUUAACACAUUUUUUAUGAAGGUUUCUAAAAACUCAUUAUUUUUAAAAUGUAUUUGGUUCAAUGGCAAUAAUUUUCAUUAUUUAAUAACUUUUGCAUAAAUAUUAUAGAUUACAACAUCUCUGUAGUCUAAGUAUAUAAAAGGCCUAAAAUAUAAUUUAAUGUUAAAAAUAAAUGUAACAAAUAAUGUAUUUUCUUUUAAAUUCGAUUUAAUUUUUUUUCCAGAUUAUUUAAAAACACUUUUUAAACAUGGAAGUGUUAAUUUACUGUAUUUUACAACUGCAAUUUAAUUUAUGGAUGGAUCAAGAAAACAUUGUCUCUUGCCAUUUCUAGUCGUUACAAGACUCUAAGACAAGAUACAAGAUUUAACGAAAUAUGACAUUUUGUAUAAUAUAUUUAAAUGAAUAUUUGACAAAUUUCAUAGGCAUGUGCUGCCAAAAGUAUCAUUCUAAGAUGGACAAAGAUUAAACGUUGAGUCUCAAUACACCGAGGGGUGGUUCGAUCCCCUCCCCGUUGGUAUAUUGUCGUACCCACUCCUAAGUCUAGUCCUACUCCUAGUCUUUCCCGACUAGUUGGAAGGGCCAAUAUUCCCAAUUGGUCAUAUUUCAAAUAUAUGGCAAAUAUUCUUUUAAAAAACUAAUUGAUCUCAAAUGUUUCAAAAUAAUAGAGUGCCCCAAUUAUAUAAAACUUCAUUUUAUUAUUUUCAUAGCAUUAUAUUUUUUUUCAAUUUUAAAUACUUUAAUUUUAUUUGUCAAUUUUAUAGUAAAAGCUUUAAUUUAUGCAUAAUAAAAAACCUAUUAGUAUAAUAUGUUUCAAAUCGCUCAAACUUAUCGGUCUAACUUCUAAUUCUAGUCUAGGAACGCGUGCUGUCUAUUUGUAUAUCUAUUAGAUAUUAUUUUUUAUGAAUGUCUUAUUUGUAUUAUUCAGUGUUUCGCAAUAAAAUUUAUAUAUAUUCGUACGCGAUUUUAGGCUAACUUAGGUAUACAAAUGUUAUGUACUUAUUAUUAUUUUCGUGGUAAAUAAAAACAAUGUUUUAAAUAAAUAAUUAAAUUUUAAUUCCACGUUUAGUAUUCGAAAUAUUUUAUUUAAAUCAUUUUAGUUAUAUAUUUUAUUCAAGGUGUGAUAUGACAAAAAAUAUGUCCCAGUUUUGUAAUAAUUGUACCUAGAUAUAAAGUUAUAAUACGGUAAUAUAAUUUCUAUGAUAAACGUAAAAUAGUAAUUUAUACCUCAUAAUGUUUAAAAUUAAAUAUUAUAUUCGUAGUUAUAAAAACCAAUAUAAUUUAUUUGAAAUUGUAUAACAUUUCUUUUGUAUUUUUUGUUAAACACACUAUCACAUCGAAUAGCGUAAAUGCACAGGGAAAAUAUUGUAUUAAAAAUGUGCAAUGAUUGAAUACAUAGUUUUGUAUUAUGGCCGAUUCACAUUGUUCCGGUACUGUUCCUUAAUAUAGUGUUUUGAUCAAAAAAGUUAAACAAAUAAGUAGGUACAUAAUUAUUGUUACGUAAUAGAUCGAGAGCUUGUUCAGUCAGAUGUUUAUGCUUUUAAGUUCAGCUGACACUGUCAGUUCGUACUUCUGCCAUAGGUAUGUUCAAUAGGUAACUAUGAAGGUUUCAAAGGUCCUAAAUCUCGACUGUCCAAAUUUAAAGCGAUUUUUUUAUAUUUUGCUCGACAUAAUAUAGCCGUGAAUAAUAAUCAAACUUUAAGGAUAUUCAAUGAAGUGUUGCCACGGAGCUAAAUGUUUGGCGGUUGCGGACAUGUUUUGUCACUGUAACCUAUUUUUAUAUAAUAUAAAAAAAUCGUUUUACACUUGUACCGUUGGGGUUCUUAACACUUAAACCUACUCAAGUCACUAUGGUCUAAAGUAUAAAAUCUAAGCAUACAAACUUUCAGCUUUUAUAAAAUGAUGAACGUGGGGUAUCACAGGCUCUUAGACUAUAACUGCUCAAUGAUUUAAGCCUCAAUAGCUCAACGGUAAAACGGCCGGACUCAUCACAGAGGUCGCCGUUCGAUACGCAUGCUGAGGUAUUGUAGGUAAGUAAGAGGGAAAUAUUCUUUAAAAAUAAACUAAUAAUGAAGCCAGUGGAGUGGUAUUUCUUUCAAGUCAAUAAGCUCUGUUAUAAAGUUUGUAGGCUUUGUAAGUUAAUAGUGUACCUAAUACUAAUGUGUGCGUAGGACGAUGUGAAUUGGCUGCUAAUAUUUAUUAUGUUUAGUAAUAUGUACCUAAUGCAUUAAAUAAUGACAGUCUGAGGAAUAAAUUAUUAUAAAUACCA